UUUUGUGAGUGUGUUUGUGUUGUUCUGGUCAGCUGUCCUCUGGUUCCAGUCCAGACUGAUCAGGCCUCUCCGGUUUCUGUCCGUUUUGUCGUGUUUCUGUUGGCUAGAUGCGUAUCUUGGUGCUGAAAGGAGGAUAAACUCAGUCACCUGAUCACAUGACCCUCAGAUCUCACGGCGGGUUAACACGCGCUUUAAACAUCUAAAACUCAACUCUGUGCCAAAAGCGCGCAAGACAAUUGACCCAGAUUGCAUUUCGCUCCCGUGUCACUUCAGGACACGAUGUAAUGAUGAAGGUGUCAUUUCCGUCUCCGUUACCUGCCCGCGAGCCCACCUGUUGCGCGCAUGAUUGACAGCUCAAUAGCGGCGCGUCUGGUUACCCGGCGCGCAACGCGACACCCGCAGCUCCAGUGUCCCAAACGCCAGCGCGUAACGGGCCAGAACCGAGCGGAUGACCGCCGAGCUGAUGAAGAUCCUCGCUGUCCUGUGAGGCGGAGGAGCUGCGGUCGGCGUGAUGGAGGGGACGCGGCGCGGGAUGGAGAUGCUCUUCUUCUCUGCGUUAUUGCUGGUUGAAGCGGCUCAUUGCGCUCAGGGUCGGUUCGCACACAAGCUCUUGAACGAUCUGAUGGAGAAUUACUCCACCGCUCUGCGACCAGUUGAAGACACGGACAAAUCCCUCAACGUCACGCUGCAGGUCACGCUGUCUCAGCUCAAAGACAUGGACGAGAGGAACCAGGUGUUAAUUGCGUAUCUGUGGAUCAGACAGACGUGGCACGACGCUCAUCUGAAGUGGAAUAAAGAGGAGUACGACGGUCUGGAGGUGAUUCGCAUUCCCAGCAGCCUCGUGUGGAGACCGGAUCUGGUGCUGUAUAACAAGGCAGAUGAUGAUUUCUCGGGGCCGGUGGACACAAAUGUGGUGCUGCGGUAUAACGGUGAGAUUACGUGGGACGCUCCGGCCAUCACUAAGAGCUCCUGUGUGGUGGACGUUUCCUACUUUCCCUUUGACAGCCAGCAGUGCAACCUCACCUUCGGCUCAUGGACCUACAACGGAAACCAGGUGGACAUCACCAUGGGCAUGGACAGCGGUGAUCUGUCGGACUUCGUGGAGAACGUGGAGUGGGAAUGUCAUGGGAUGCCAGCCACUAAGAACGUGAUCAUGUACGGUUGCUGCUCGGAUCCGUAUCCCGACAUCACCUACACAGUCCUGCUGCAGAGACGCAGCUCCUUCUACAUCUUUAACCUGCUGCUGCCCUGCUUCCUCAUCUCCUUCCUCGCUCCUCUGAGCUUCUACCUGCCUGCAGACUCGGGCGAGAAGGUCUCGCUGGGCGUCACGGUCCUGCUGGCGCUCACCGUCUUCCAGAUGAUGGUGGCGGAGAGCAUGCCUCCCUCCGAGAACGUUCCUCUGAUCGGUAAAUACUACGUAGCGACGAUGACUAUGAUCACAGCGUCCACUUCUUUGACCAUCUUCAUCAUGAACAUUCAUUUCUGUGGAGCCGAGGCCAAACCGGUGCCGUACUGGGCCAAAGUCAUCAUCAUCGACUACAUGUCCAAGAUCUUCUUCGUCUAUGAAGUUGGAGAGAGCUGCACUUCUCCGUUUGGACAGAUGGAGGAAUCCGAGUCUUUCCGUCAGAACCAGAAGCGGAAGCUCCAUCCCAAAGAAAAACCUAAAGCAGCUCCGCCCCCCUGCUGCCCCGACAAUGACAAAUCGGCUGCCUUCACGCUGACCUUUGACCCCUGUGUUUACUGCAGCGGUGGAAUCCUCGGGUGCGAUCCGAAGCUGGUCUGGAAUGUGGAAUAUAUCGCAAACUGCUUCCGCGAGCAAAAGGCCACGUGCCUGAAAGUGGCCGAAUGGAAGAAGGUCGCCAAGGUCAUGGACCGAAUCUUCAUGUGGAUAUUCUUCAUCAUGGUCUUCCUCAUGAGCAUCCUCAUCAUCGGGAAAGCACCUUGAACUGAUUGGUGUGGCAGUCAGGUGAGAGACUAGAGCGCAGACGCCAUAUUUAAUUGGACUAUUGACAUUUUCAAGUUCCACUACCCAUG